AUGGAAUAUAACGAUAAUAGUGAAUUAUUAUUGAUAUCAAGUCAAGACCCAUUCUUUUCUUCAUCUGCAACAAUUGAAUCUGAUGACUUGUAUUCACCAGAAAUCAAAUCAAAUACUGAUAACGUUGAUAAUCAUUCUUCUCCCUCUUCCUCUCCCUCUUCAUUGACAUCGAGUUCCACAAUACCCUCAGAUUUCUUAGAAUCUUUUCCGUCAACUCCAAUUUCAGAUUGCUCGUCAUCAUUGUACACUAGAUUUUCCUCUUCAUUACCUUGCUCCAAUUCUUCCACUCCGCCCUUUACCGAUUCAAAAGAGGAAGAGGAAUUGAGCAGAAUGAUUAUGUCUAAAUAUCUUCAAUCAAUUAAUCAAAAAUUAUCACGGCCAAGUGACCGUAUUAUGGAUAUUAUCAAAGUAGAUUUUCCAAGAGACUUAUCAAUACCAAUAUUUUAUCAAUUACUUAGUCAGAUGGAUACAAUUGGUGCACAAAUGUUUAAACAAUGCACAAUUCUUAAAUUUGUCAGUUUCACUGAAUGGAACAAUUGUCAUUUUAAUAAUAACUUUGUUAGUAAUAAUUUCACUAGUAAUACUAGCAAUAACUUUAGCAACAUGAAUGAAAAUUCCUAUAGAAAUAAAAUGCAUUUAUGGGAAUUGAUGGAUUGUAUUAAUAACAAUGGUGGUAGAAAUGGCAAUUAUGAUAAUAAUUAUUUAGAACAUCAACAUCAAUUCGAAAAUUCACUUCUAGAAACUUCCACUCCAUCAUCAUCAAAAUAUAUUAAUUUAGAGAUGAUUGGAUAUGGGAGCUAUUUGUCAUGUCAGAGUGAAUUGUUUUCAAAGAUAUUUUAUCAUAUUUCAUCAUCAAUAUAUUGUCCAAUUAGGACAAACAAAUAUUUAACAAGAGUCACAAUUCCAGUUCCAUCAAUUUCCACCAUUGAACCAAUAAUCAAUUGGUUGUAUACUCAUAAUGAUCAAAACUGGUUAUUGACCAUGAAUGAAAAUAACUUUGAAGAGGUUUGUAAGAAUGUCAUUUUUCUUGAGUUAGGAGACGAGGCAUUGAAAGUAUUAGAGAUUUUUCUAAAUUACUCGGAUGAUUUCUCAUUGGUGAGAUGUUUUACAGAAGCUAACUAUAAUGACAAAAUUCGAUUGAAGGAUACUGUGAUUGAAACUUUAUCUUUUAAGCGGGGGAUUAAGCAAUUGCUUAACCUAUUAAAUAUCAAUGAUUUUGUUAUUGACGAUCUGAAUUCCAUCAAUAAAUUAGAAUCAUUGAUAAGGAGUCGAUUUAAGUUUCAAAAAUUAUGUGAAAUCUAUUUUAAUUCAAUUAACAUCCAAUGUUUAUUGCUUGAUGAUGGAAUUUCUAAUCUGGUCAUUGAUAAGCUGGAAUCAUUAGAUUUUCAUUCAAAAUAUGUAGAGGAUAUACGAAGAAUAGUUAGAAUUGAGUCUAUAUCUGAGCAAAUUUUAAAUGAAUUGUCAUCACUACCUUCACAGCAACAAAUCACUAAAACAUUCUUGGAAAAAUUCAACAAUGAAAUAAGUCAAUUAUGCAAAUCUAAUAAAGUAAUUGCAUUCAAAAGUAUUUCAGCUUAUCGUACUGGAUUAAAUAUUCAAUUAUUUGAUAUUGAUAACAACAACAAUAAUGGAGAUUCAAUUAAGGUGGAAGAUAGUUUUAAAGAAUAUAUUACAAAUAUUAAAAACUCAUCUUUGAAAAAAUUAAAUAAUAAAAUCUUGAUUGAUUUUAUCAUAAAUGAAACUUUUAAAAUUGCAAUUAAAUAUGAUUUACCAAUUCAAUUUCACACUGGAUUUGGUGACAAUGAUCUUGAUCUAUUAUUGGCAAAUCCUCUUCAUCUUCGUCCUUUAAUUGAGAAAUUUCCAGAUGUCAAAAUUGUUCUAUUACAUUCUUCUUAUCCUUAUACUCGUGAAGCUGAUGGACAUUUUUUACCAGAGACUUAUUAUUUGGCAACAGUUCAAACCAAAGAAAUAUUAUCAAAAGUUUUGACAGAAUUUGUUGAUAGUGAAUAUUUGAAUGUUGACGAAGCAUUAAACAUCAUUAAAAAUAUUUUAUUUGAAAAUUCAAAUAAAUUAUACAAAUUAAAUCUCACCCUAAAAUUACCUGAAUCUACCUUUUCUCCACUACAAGUUGUUUCUGCUGGCAAGCAUGCUAAAUUGUUCACAGAUCUAAAAUCUAAAGGAGUGAAAUUUGUGAGAUUAGGGCUUAUGGAUUAUUGCAGCCUUCAUAGAAUUCGCCUUGUACCAAUUGAUAGAUUCUUUAAUGAUAUAGUGAAUAAUGGGCUAAGUUGUGCUAAAGCUAUACCUGCUUUUCCUUUCUUUAUUGAUGAUGUGUCAGUUGGCAGUGGAAUAAGUGUAACUGGCGAAAUGUUAUUAUUUCCUGAUCUUAACACAAUUAAACAAAUCCCAUAUCAUCCUUCACAUGCUCACUGCCAUGUCUUUAUGAAAGAAAAAGAUGCUUCUAGAAGUGGCUUUCCUUUCUGCACAAGAACUUUACUAAAGAAUGUUUUAGAUAAGGCUGAAAAAGAACAUGGAUUAAAGUUUUUAUGUGGGUUUGAAAAUGAAUUUAUCUUGAUUAAAGAUAAAUCAUAUCAUCAUCAUCCUAAGAACAAGAACAAGAAUGGAAGUGAUGUUGAUGGUAAUGAUAGAAAUGAACCAAAACCAAUAGAUAAAACAACUUAUUGUUUGGCAUCAUCAUUUUCUGGUAGAUCAGCAACAAUUCUUGAUGAGAUUGUGGAAAGCAUUCAAAACCAAGAUAUUUUAGUGGAUCAAUUUCAUUCCGAGUCUGCUUUUGGUCAAUUUGAAAUAGUCACUGCUCCUUAUGAUCCAUUAACAACAGUUGAUAAAUUAAUUGUAACCAGACAAACAAUCUAUGAUGUUGCAAAAUUAAAUGGUAUCAGAGCCACUUUCCUACCUAAACCUUUCAAAGAUCAAGAGUUUUUUAUUGCUGGUGUGAUAUCACAUAUUAAAUCUUUGUGUGCAAUUACUUUACCAACUAAAAGUUCCUACGAUCGUAUUACAGUUGAACAUUCUUGGGCAGGGUCAUGGAUUUGCUGGGGUUAUGAAAAUCGUGAAGCACCAAUUAGGAUUUGUAAGAAUUCAGUAUCUGGUAUAAAUUUUGAAUUUAAAUUUGUUGAUGCCACUUCAAAUCCUUACUUGGCUGUUGCUGCAAUAAUUUCUGCUGGAAUUGAUGGAAUUGUUAAAAAAUUAGCUUUAAACACUAAACCAAUCUCUAUUGAUCCUGGUCAUUUGUCUGAUGAAGAGCGCAAAUCUAAUGGAAUUGAAAAAUUACCAGUGACUUUAAAGGAAUCUUUAGAGUUUUUAAAACAAGAUAAUGUGUUGAAUAAAUGUUUAGGGGAAAAAAUUAUUCAAUGUUAUGUGGCUGUCAAAGAAUUGGUGGUUCUGGGAACUUGUAUAUUAAAUGUUCCUGGUUGUAAAGUUUAUGUUAAAAAUUCCCUGAUGUUACCAGCUAAGGUAUAG